CUAAGUUUUGUUUCACUGUGCUGACAAAACCAGGAAGAGCUAGUUACUGUCUCUAUUAUUUCUGUUAUUUUAAUUGUCUUGAAAAUAAAGACAAAUACGAGAGGAAAUAAAGUACAACGAGAGAGAUAGUUUUGGAAAAAAUGGAGAUGGAGACAGACAGAGAAAAAGAAAAUAACAACAAUAUUUGUGAAGCUGAGACUAAUAGUAGUGUUGAUUGGAGAGGAAGACCUUCAAACUCCAUUAAACAUGGAGGAAUGAAAGCUGCUGCUUUUGUUCUUGGGUUGCAAGGAUUGGAGAUAAUGGGAAUAGCAGCAGUAGGGAACAACCUGAUAACAUAUGUGAUAAAUGAGAUGCACUUUUCAUUGUCAGAAUCAGCAAAUANAAAUUAA